UUCACCAAAGCACGAGACCAAACCGCAUCUGUUCUUAGCUGUCCGUGUGCUCUUUGCUUUUGUUUACACUCUGCACGUGUGACACGGGACAGUGUGAACACAGUAGACCAUACGAUUUAAGCAGUACUGGCUUUGUAAAGUUCUCCUGACAGCUCUAUCGCGGGUCCGUAGACCACCCUCCCCUAUCUCCCCUGUGGAUUUAAUCGAAUUGCAGGAAGUCCCUCACAUCCUCUCUGCUUGCGCUGUGUCUCUCUCUCUGUGUGUGUGUGUGUUUGUGUGUGUUCCUGUGUCGGUAUAUUAUGAAGAUCUCAUCAUAAGGAGCCGGGCAUCAUGAGGAUCUACCGGCGCAUGGAGAACUGGUGCCUCAUGGGCGGACUGCGCGCGUUUGUGCUGCUGAUAGUGGGACUGGCAGCUGACAUCUCCACUCAUCACUCACCCGACGGGAGGCAACUAAAAAGUGUGCUCAACAAACUGGAACACUACCACACCAUGGUACCGCUACUGCUGGAAGGAACAGAGCAGAGACCAAUCAGCUGGCUCCGCUCCAGAACGCCUCCCGCUUCGCUGCUCAUCCUGAUCCAAGCAGAAGGACAACAGCUGAUUUUAUCUGUGGAAAAGAACCACGGCCUCUUUGCCAGCCAUUACACUGAGACACAUUACAGGGAAGAUGGACAAACUGUUAUGAGCACUCACAACUUUACGAUGAAUUGCUAUUACCAUGGUGAAGUCCAAGGAUACACACACUCUGAUGUCAGCCUCAGUACAUGCACUGGUAUCAGAGGGUUUAUCUUACUUGAAAAUAAAACACUGAUGGUGGAGCCAGCUUUUGAGCCAGCAAAUGACACCCAUGUGAUUUAUGAAGGACAUCACCUACACUUCCCUUCCGGGACCUGUGGACACGGACACAACAUAUCGACUGUCAGCCAUAUGAGCGCUGGAGGACCGCCACAAUCAUUCAGCACAAGGCAUAAACGGGAUGUUCAGAAGACCACCAAAUAUGUGGAGCUCAUCAUUGUAGCAGACAACAGGGAGUUCCAGAAACAAGGAAAAGAUGUGGAGAAGGUUAAGCAAAGGCUAGCAGAGAUGGCCAAUUACGUGGACAAGUUUUACAGAGUGCUGAACAUUCGUGUAGCUCUGGUGGGACUGGAGGUGUGGAGUGAUGUCGAUAAGUGUGCAGUCACCCAAGACCCCUUCACAACCCUGCAUGAGUUUUUGGACUGGAGAAAACUUAAACUGCUGCCGCAGCGGCCACAUGAUAACGCCCAGCUUAUUAGUGGGGUGUACUUCCAGGGCACCACAAUAGGCAUGGCUCCCAUCAUGAGUAUGUGUACCGCUGAGCAGUCAGGAGGCAUUGUCAUGGAUCACUCGGACAAUCCUCUGGGAGCUGCUGUGACUUUGGCCCAUGAGUUGGGCCAUAACUUUGGAAUGAACCAUGACACACCAGAGCGAGGAUGCGGCUGUAGGAUGACCGUAGAUCGUGGUGGCUGCAUCAUGACCCCCUCUACAGGGUACCCGUUCCCCACUGUGUUCAGUACGUGUAGUAAGAAGGAUCUGGUGGCUAGUCUGGAGAAAGGGGUGGGCAUGUGUUUAUAUAAUAUGCCUGAAGUCAAAUUGCUCUACGGGGGACAGAAAUGUGGCAACGGAUACAUUGAAGAAGGAGAGGAGUGUGACUGCGGAGAGCCAGAGGAGUGUCUAAACCCCUGCUGUAACGCUACAACCUGCUCUCUCAAGGGAGAUGCCGUGUGUGCCCAUGGACAGUGCUGUGAAGACUGCCAGUUAAAACCAGCUGGGACUCCUUGUAGAGAGUCCAGUAACUCCUGUGACUUACCUGAGUUUUGCACCGGAUCAAACCCCCACUGCCCUGCCAAUGUGUACCUGCAAGAUGGACUUGUGUGCCACAAUAUGGAUGGUUACUGUUACAACGGCAUCUGUCAGACUCAUGAGCAGCAAUGCAUCACUCUGUGGGGACCAGGAGCGAAACCUGCCCCGGGAAUCUGUUUUGAAAGAGUAAACUCUGCAGGUGAUCCCUAUGGAAAUUGUGGAAAAGACUCCAAAGGUUCCUUUGCUAAAUGUCAAGCAAGGGAUGCUAGGUGUGGGAAAAUUCAGUGCCAAGGAGGUGCCAAAAGGCCAGUGAUCGGAACCAAUGCGGUGUCCAUAGAGACAAACAUACCUCUGCAGGAGGGUGGGCGCAUUCUGUGCCGCGGAACACAUGUGUACCUUGGUGAUGAUAUGCCUGAUCCAGGACUGGUAUUGGCAGGCACAAAGUGUGCUGAGGGAAUGAUCUGUUUGAACAGGCAGUGUCAGAAUGUCAGUGUCUUUGGAGUGCACAAGUGCUCUGGGAAGUGUAAUGGAAGAGGGGAAUGCAACAACAAGAAGAACUGCCACUGUGAAUCUCACUGGGCACCUCCUUUCUGUGACAGGGCGGGGUUUGGCGGCAGCAUCAACAGUGGGCCAAUGAGACAAGCCGCUGACUGUAGCGCUGUGGCUGUGGGCGUGCUGGUGACCCUUCUUUGCUUGCUGUCGGCGGGACUGAUUGUGUGCCUGAAGAAGAAAACACUGGUUCAGAUGCUCUGCAUCAAUAAGAAGAGCGCCAUUCAAAAGCUCAGAUCAGUAGGAACAAAACGAGCACCCAGCCCCCCACGGACACAGUCAGUCUUCAGGGUCUCGCCUCAGCACAAGCCCGCCUCUUUACCUUUACACUCCCGCUGUGACAAGAUGUCUCAUCCCAGUUCGGAGCCUCUCCUUCCUCCACACAACUUCCACAGUUUGCAUCGGCUGCCUGAAUGUCCCACCCGCUGCCAGCCUGUCCACAUCAGCCACCCCAUGCCCAUCACAGGUCUGCAGCCUCUGCCCUCAGUCCUGCCUCACAGGACUCUAGUGUCACACACACACUCGCCAGGCAGAGCGGCAGGCUUUCACACCCUCCCUCACCGGCUGCCCUACACUAACAUCCAGGUAAGUGCUGUCAGCCUCAGACUGUCACCAUGUACCAGAUAUCUCAACCUGCAAAAACCCAUUCUCAGAGUUUGGCCUCAUCACAUAGUAGUACAUGAAUAA